AUGAUUUUAGGUGAUUUGUUCGACGUGUUACUACCAAUGUUACCAAUUUAUCAAGAAUACGACAGAAACCAUCAUUACAGUCUUCAAGUGUUGAUUGAAUGCAAGCAAUUAUCAUCUGUGUUCCCUGUUGAAUUGCUUAAUAGAUUGGUAUACAGCGAAGGUCAUUCAGCGAAGACCUUUUUAAUAUAUCCUAUGUAUCAGGUUUCAAGAUAUGUUAUUACGCUGCACGAACUAUUGACACACAUUCCCCACGAUCUCGUUAAACGGAGAAGUUUAGAAAACGCGAGGCAACAACUUUGUCGUUUGUUGAGACAAAUGCACGACGAGGUCGAUCAAACGGAGAAUUUAGGGAAAAAUUUCACCGUGAAACGAAUGAUCGUAGAAGGCUACGAUAUUUCACUCGAUGUCAAUCAAGCAUUUGUCAUACAGGGAUUUACCUGGACAAGCGACAUCAACGGCUGUAUGGAUAACGUUCACUCGAACGAUUUACUUGAAGGCUUGUGGUCGGACGUUAGUUCCGUCACGAUGCCUGAAGCUAUUGAAAAUGAUCCGAAAUUAUUCAACGACGACGUGGACAUCAAAUUCAGCAAGACCUUGAAUUCCUGCAAGAUCCCGCAAGUUCGAUUAGCCACUACUGAACGUCUGCUUCAACGUCUGAUGGAUCCGAGAUUUUUCAGCAUCGAUUACCUCAAUACGUUUUUGACAACGCAUCGAUUGUUCAUCGACAAUGUCACUGUGAUAGAAACUUUAAAGAAAGCACUUUACGAGGCUGAACUAGCUGAUGCUGAGACGCCUGCUGGUUCUCUGGAGUAAGUUAUUUUUUAAUUUGUUAAGAGAAUACAUUUACAUGUGUAUAGUGAACGAAUCUAUAUUUUAUUUCCGUGUAAUUUUUAGUAACACGUGUAUUUAA